GUACGUUUACCCGCCGACAAUGCAAAACGUAGUUACCGAGUUGAUCAAUCGCAUCUUACGCUCUACUUGUACCCGGCACGCAGUGGCGCGAAAACCCUUCAGUGUGUAGUUCGACGGCAGCAGAGCACACACCGUACCAAACUCUGUGCGCAAUAUUUUAAGAUUUUAAAGUAGAAACAAACAAGCGCUUAUAAUGGCAACCGACGUCGUAGAUGACCUGGCGAUGAGAGAGGCUCAGAGGGACUACCUGGACUUUCUGGACGACGACCAAGACCAGGGGGUUUACCAGAGCAAAGUCCGGGACAUGAUCAGUGAGAAUAAAGCUCGACUCACCGUCAACAUCAACGACCUGAGGAGACGCAACGAGGCCCGGGCUGCAAAACUGAUGAGCAAUGCGUUUGAGGAGCUGCUGGCGUUCCAGCGGGCUCUGAAGGACCUGGUGUCCUCAGUGGACGCCACCUACGCCAAGCAGUACGAGGAGUUCUUCAUCGCCCUGGAGGGCAGCUUCGGCACCAAGCACGUCACCCCCCGCACCCUGACCGCCCGCCUGCUGGGCAGCAUGGUGUGCGUGGAGGGCAUCAUCACCAAGUGUUCUCUUGUGCGUCCUAAAGUGGUGCGUAGCGUCCACUACUGCCCGGCCACCAAGAAAACCAUGGAAAGGAAGUACACUGACAUGACCUCGCUGGAUGCCUUCCCUUCCAGUGCCAUCUACCCCACCAAGGACGAGGAGAACAACCCUCUGGAGACGGAGUUUGGUCUCUCAGUCUACAAGGACCACCAGACCAUCACGGUGCAGGAGAUGCCGGAGAAGGCGCCCGCCGGCCAGCUGCCCCGCUCGGUGGACAUCAUCCUGGACAACGACCUGGUGGACGUGGUCAAGCCGGGGGACCGGGUGCAGGUCAUCGGCACGUACCGCUGCCUGCCCGGCAAGAAGGGAGGCUUCACCUCUGGCACAUUCAGGACCAUCAUGAUAGCCUGCCACAUCAAGCAGAUGAGCAAGGAAGUGUCCCCCAACUUCUCGGCGGACGAUAUAGCCAAAAUCCGAAACUUCAGCCAGACUCGCCAGGACGUGUUUGAUCAGCUGUCCCGCUCCCUGGCUCCCAGCAUCCACGGCCACGAGUACAUCAAGAAGGCCAUCCUGUGCAUGUUGCUGGGCGGCGCCGAGAAGGUGCUGGACAACGGCUCGCGCAUCAGAGGAGACAUCAACAUCCUGCUCAUCGGUGAUCCAUCGGUGGCAAAGUCCCAGCUGCUGCGCUACGUGCUCCACACGGCGCCCCGGGCCAUCGCCACCACCGGCCGCGGCUCCUCUGGCGUGGGUCUGACCGCCGCAGUCACCACUGACCAGGAGACCGGCGAGCGGCGUCUGGAGGCAGGGGCCAUGGUGCUGGCCGACCGCGGCGUGGUGUGCAUCGACGAGUUCGACAAAAUGUCCGACAUGGACCGCACGGCCAUCCACGAGGUGAUGGAGCAGGGCCGCGUCACCAUCGCCAAGGCUGGCAUCCACGCCCGCCUCAACGCCCGCUGCUCUGUGCUGGCGGCCGCCAACCCGGUCUACGGCAGGUACGACCAGUAUAAGACCCCCAUGGAGAACAUCGGCCUCCAGGACUCCCUGCUGUCCCGUUUCGACCUCCUGUUCAUCGUGCUGGAUCAGAUGGACGCCGAGCACGACCGCGAGAUCGCCGAUCACGUGCUGCGGAUGCACCGCUACCGCGACCCCCGCGAGCAGGAGGGAGCAGCCAUGGCGAUGGGCGGCACCGUAGACGUCCUGGCUACAGAGGACCCAGACGUGAUAGCCGAGGAGCGCGAGGAGCUGCAAAUCUACGAGAAGCACAACAACAUGCUGCACGGUAGCCGGAGGAAGAAGGAUAAGAUCGUGAGCAAGGAGUUCAUGAGGAAGUACAUCCACAUCGCCAAGGCUGUGACCCCCGUGCUGACGGAGGAGGCAGCCAAUCACAUCGCAGAGGAGUACUCGCGGCUCAGGAGCCAGGAGCAGAUGGGCGCUGACAUCGCCCGGACCUCUCCAGUGACGGCCCGUACGCUGGAGACGCUGAUCCGCCUGUCCACCGCGCACGCCAAGGCCCGCAUGAGCAAAGCCGUGGAGCUGGAGGACUCGGAGGUGGCCGUGGAGCUCGUCCAGUUCGCCUACUUCAAAAAGGUUCUGGAGAAAGAGAAGAAACGGUCGCGACAGCAGCGCGACUCAGCUUCAGAGGAGGAAGAGGAGGAGGAGUCGGCCACUCAGCGUUCCCAGAAAACCACCAAGAAGAGGGGGCGCCGGGGCUCUCAGGGCAGCGAUCCCUACAGCCCGUAUGACUUCAGCGAGGAGCAGAACGUCCCCGACAUUCAGGCCGGCACCCCGAAACCAGCCAAGCCCCUGCGGGACGACGAGGAGCCCAUGGAGGCCACUUCCCAGGCCAAAGACUCGGAGCUCUCUGCAGAGAGGCUGAAGGAGUUCAAGUCGUCGCUGUUCGCCGUGUUCCAGUCAGCUCACGCUCAGUCGGUCAAGAUGAAGACGCUGAUGGACGACAUCAACAAGGAGCGCGAGAAGCGCUUCGCCGAGCCAGAGGUCCGCGCAGCGCUGGCUCGCAUGCAGGACGACAACCAGGUCAUGGUGGCCGAUGACAUCAUCUUCCUCAUCUGAAGGGGUGGGUGGGGGGCGGGGGACGAUGACGCUGCCUGAAAUGGAUUACGUGGACUGUUGAAAGAAAGUGAUAAAUAUCAGCGAUGCACCGAAUCCACAUUGUUGGGGUUCGGCCGAAAACCGAAUCCACUGGUUAAGAUUCUGCCGAAAAGGAAUACCGAAUCCUCCUCCUAUCCUCAGUCCAGUACACAUUAAUGAAGUAAACAACGUCCACAGCCCGGUCUGUAGCUGUGACUGUCCUUCCUUUGCCGUACCUGAAGGUGCUGCGUUGUGGCUGCUGUCUGUAGAUUCCUUACAGACAGCAGCCAAAAAUGCAUAUCUUACGGAUAUUUCACACGCAGAAGUUGUCAUGUUUAGGGUCCUUGCCACCACCAGACAAAUCGGCAUUUCAAAUUGAACAUGUAGCUUGACUUGAAUCCCCUUCUUUUGACUGAAAGUACUGCCAAAAACCUUCUCUGCUCACCAGUUCAUGUCCACUUUCUCACAGCCUACCGCAUUGAACGCUCCACCUACGUAAAAACGCCUUCCCGUAAUCAUUACUUCGACUAGCGUAUCGCGCAUAGUGCAAGAGUAGGGUUCGGUUGGUUGGGAAAAAAGGUUCGGCAGAUGCCAAACCUCGUCAAAAAAGCCCACUAUUUGCCAAAAUCCGAAGCCGAAUCCUGGAUUCGGUGUAUCCCUGAUAAAUAUUGACAUUUUCUCCUGUUUUGCAUUCAUAACACCCUCGGUUUCAGCUCUUAUGUUGCCACCUGAGCUCUAAUCUGCAAUUUCACACACAGCAGCAAUAAUUAUUUGCGUUGCUCCUGCUCAUUGAUUUGGAUCCACUGUGGUGCCGAUUGUUCGGUUUAGCAACGAAAGCUCCGCCACAUUGCUCCCCUGUAAUAAGGACAUGAUUAUGUUAGGUUUACCAACGCUCCUGAUGUCUGGGUUUGUAUAUAGUUGAAGAGAAGUUCUGAAAUUGUAACCGUAGCUGUGUAUUAAAAAAAUCUACUGUAAUGGGACACGA